AUGGCCUGCAGGCUAUGCCAGCGCCACGACGUGCUCCGCGUGGGCGCCAUCUUCGCAUCGGGCCUCCUCCGCACCAUCCGCUUCCUGCAGCUCCACUGGGAUCAGCUCGCCGAUGACAUCGAGGUCGGGUCGCUGACCCCACGCGUCACCGACUCAUUCGUCCGCGAGGCCGUGGCCGGCAUCCUCCUCCCGGACCAGGAGCUCGCCCGGUUCCUGGGCAGAGGAGGGAGCGCAUCCGAGGGUGGCAAGACGACGCUGUCGGGUUUCGGCGGCGGCGCCGGCGCCGGCGUGGACACCAAGGUGCUGCACGCGUUCCAGACGAGCUUCGUGCAGAGCCUGCAGGACCAGAACCGCGUCCUCAUCAACGAGAUCAACCAGAACCACGAGUCCAAGGUGCCCAGCAACCUCUCCUACAACAUCGGCCUCAUCCGGGAGCUGAACAAUAACCAACCUCGAACAGGCCACAUCCGCCACGUCGUUGAUCUCUACGCCGACCUCUCCUCACUCUUAGCCGCCGCCGGCGGCGGCUACGUGGCCUUCGAGGGCGGAUCCGUCGGCACCCUUUUUGAAGUUGCUUAUCAUCUGUCUCAGAUCAGCAUCAUCGGACCAUGA